AUGGCUGAAGGUGGAGAAGGAGAGGAUGAAAUCCAGUUCCUCAGGACUGAUGAUGAAGUGGUGCUCCAGUGCGUGGCUUGCAUCCAGAAGGAGAACCGCAAGUUCUGCCUGGCUGCCGAGGGGCUCGGAAACCGCCUGUGUAACCUGGAGCCCACGUCUGAGGCUAAGUUUGUUCCUCCAGACCUGUGUAUCUGCACCUUUGUACUGGAGCAGUCUCUGUCAGUGCGGGCCCUGCAGGAGAUGCUGGCUAAGAGUGGACAGAACAGUGAAGGGACUCGCGGCCUGGAUCGAUUGAGGCUCAUAAGAAAGGCAGCGCAGAGCGGCGGGCACAAGACUCUACUGUACGGACAUGCCAUCCUCCUGCGGCACUCCUUCAGCUCUAUGUACCUGGCCUGUUUGAAGACGUCGAGGUCACAGACAGAUAAGCUGUCCUUUGAUGUCGGCCUGCAGGAGGAUUCAACAGGUGAGGCCUGUUGGUGGACCAUCCACCCGGCCUCGAAGCAGAGAUCGGAAGGAGAGAAGGUGCGGAUUGGUGAUGACCUCAUCCUGGUCAGCUUGUCCUCUGAGCGAUACCUUCAUUUAUCGAUCUCCAAUGGCAACAUCCAGGUGGAUGCUUCCUUCAUGCAAACCCUGUGGAAUGUCCAUCCCAUCUGCUCCGGUAGCAACAUUGAAGAAGGCUACCUGUUGGGUGGUCAUGUGAUGCGGUUGUUCCACGGGCAUGAUGAGGUAGUAGCUAUCCCGGGAUCCGACCAGAGUGCAGAGCAGCAGAGGAUAGUCAACUAUGAGACAGGUAAAGCCGGCGCCAAGGCCAGGUCCUUGUGGAGGCUGGAACCACUCCGAAUCAGCUGGAGCGGGAGCCACAUCCGCUGGGGGCAACCCUUUAGGCUGCGGCACCUGACCACAGGUCACUACUUGGCCCUGACGGAGGACAGGGGGUUGGUGCUGCAGGACAGGGAGCGGUCGGACACCGUUGCCACAGCCUUCUGCUUCAGAGCCUCCAAGGAGAAGCUGGAGCAGAGCCCCAAGCGGGACAUCGAGGGCAUGGGGGUGGCCGAGAUUAAAUACGGGGACUCGCUCUGCUUUAUCAUGCACGUGGCCACGGGGCUGUGGCUCUCCUACCAGGCACCCGAUGUCAAAUCUGCCCGUCUGGGUCCCCUCAAGAGACGAGCGUGCCUGCACUCUGAAGGUCACAUGGAUGACGGCUUGACCCUGCAGCGCUGUCAACACGAGGAAUCCCGCGCCGCACGAAUCAUCCGCAACACCACAUUACUCUUUAACAGCUUCAUCAGAGACCUGGAUUGUUUGGGAGUUAAGAAUAGAGCACUGGUUGCGCUGCCUGUCGAGGAGGUGCUCCAAACCCUCAAUGACCUCAUCGCGUAUUUCCAGCUCCCCGAUGCUGAGCUGGAGCACGAAGAGAGGCAGAUCAAGCUGCGCUCCCUCAAGAAUCGACAGAACCUUUUCAAACAAGAAGGCAUGCUGAUUCUGGUGUCCAACUGCAUCGACCGCCUGAACGUCUACAACAGUGCUGCACACUUUGGCGAGUGUGCCGGAUCAGAGGCAGGAGCGGCCUGGAAAGACAUCCUGAACCUGCUGUACGAGCUACUGGCUGCGUUGAUAAGAGGGAACAGAAAUAACUGCACCCAGUUUUCUAACAACUUGGACUGGCUGGUUAGCAAGCUGGAGAGACUGGAGUCUUCUUCAGGCAUCCUGGAAGUUCUGCACUGCAUUUUAAUUGAGAGCCCCGAGGCCCUGAACAUCAUCCAGAGAGGACACAUCAAGUCAAUCAUAUCGCUGCUCUACAAGCAUGGACGCAACCACAAGAUUCUGGAUGUGCUCUGCUCGCUCUGUGUGUGUAACGGUGUAGCUGUGAGAACCAACCAGAACCUGAUCUGUGAUCACUUGCUACCAAAGAGAGACCUGCUGCUGCAAACCCAGCUGGUCAACGACGUCCAGAGUAUGAGACCCAACAUCUUCCUGGGGGUGAGCGAGGGCUCGGCUCAGUAUAAGAAGUGGUACUUUGAGCUUAUGAUCGACCAGGUGGACCACUUUGUAACCAGCGAGCCGACACACCUGAGAGUGGGCUGGGCCAACACUAAAGGCUAUGCUCCCUACCCUGGAGGAGGAGAAGGGUGGGGGGGCAACGGAGUGGGAGAUGACCUCUACUCGUUUGGUUUUGAUGGGCUACACCUCUGGUCAGGUCGUGUCCCACGGUCUGUUGCAUCCAUGAACCAGCACGUCCUGACUUCCGAGGAUGUGGUGAGCUGUUGUCUGGACCUUGGAGCUCCAAGCAUCUCUUUCAGGAUUAACGGACAGCCGGUCCAGGGCAUGUUUGAAAACUUCAACCCAGACGGGCUCUUCUUCCCCGUCGUCAGCUUCUCCGCAGGGGUCAAAGUGCGUUUCCUGUUGGGCGGUCGGCAUGGCGACUUUAAGUUCCUGCCUCCAUCCAGUUACGCUCCUUGUUACGAAGCUCUGCUGCCCAAAGAGAAGAUGAAGGUGGAGCCAGUGAAGGAGUACAAAAGGGAUGUGAAUGGAGUCAGAGAUCUGCUGGGUACCGCACAGUUUUUAUCGCAGGCGUCCUUCAUCCCAACACCUGUUGAAACCAGCCAGAUUGUUAUGCCACAUCAUUUAGAAAAAGUCAGAGACAAGCUGGCUGAAAACAUCCAUGAACUGUGGGGCAUGAAUAAAAUUGAGCUUGGCUGGUCGUACGGCAAGAGGAUAAGGGAUGAUAAUAAGCGGCAGCACCCCUGCCUGGUCGAUUUCUCCAAGCUGCCAGAAACUGAAAAGAACUACAACCUGCAGAUGUCAACAGAAACUCUUAAGACCCUGCUGGCAUUGGGAUGUCGGGUAGUUCAGGUCAAUCCAAAUGCUGAGAGCUCCCUCAAAAAAAUCAAGCUCCCCAAAAACUUCAUGAUGUCCAAUGGUUACAAGCCGUGUCCUCUGGACCUGUCUGAUAUCAAACUGACUCCCAGUCAGGAGCUGCUGGUGGACAAACUGGCAGAGAAUGCACACAAUGUGUGGGCCAAGGACCGCAUCAAACAGGGCUGGACCUAUGGCAUUCAGCAGGAUCUAAAAAGUAAACGUAACCCUCGUCUGGUUCCCUACGUGCUACUCGACGAGCGGACCAAGAAGUCAAACAGGGACAGCCUGCGGGAGGCUAUUCGCACUCUGAUUGGCUACGGAUAUAACAUUGAGCCCUCGGACCAGGAAGGUGGACAAGUGGUCGAGCGGCUCAGCAUUGACAAGAUCCGCUUUUUCAGAGUGGAGAGGACAUAUGCCGUGAAGACCGGGAAAUGGUACUUUGAAUUUGAGGCCGUGACUGGGGGGGACAUGAGAGUGGGCUGGGCCAGGCCUGGAUGUAAGCCGGAUGUGGAGCUCGGCACGGAUGAGCUUGCUUUUGUGUUUGAUGGAUACAGGGGUCACUGUCUGAACAUGGGCAGCCGUUUGUUCGGGCGGUGCUGGCAUGCAGGCGACGUGGUGGGCUGUAUGAUCAACAUGGAGGACAAGUCUAUGAUCUUCACCCUAAACGGAGAGAUCCUCAUCACCACCAAGGGAUCUGAACUCUGCUUUACAGACUUUGAAACCGAAGAUGGCUUCAUUCCAGUGUGCAGCCUCGGGCUCGCUCAGGUGGGGCGUAUGAAUCUGGGGAAAGAUGCCAGCACCUUUAAGUACUACACAAUGUGCGGCCUCCAGGAAGGGUUCGAACCGUUCGCUGUCAACAUGAACCGAGAGGUCACCAUGUGGUUCAGCAAGCGUCUGCCUACUUUUGUCAACGUGCCAAAGGACCACAACCACAUAGCAGUGACCAGGAUUGAUGGAACUGUCGACAGCCCACCAUGUCUAAAAGUCACCCACAAGUCUUUUGGCACCCAGAACAGUAACGCAGAUAUGGUGUUCUGUCGUCUAAGCAUGCCUGUAGAGUUCCACUCUGUCUUCAAAACAAAUCCUGUUGUGGACAUGAACGGAGUCCACGAGGAAGAUACACUUAAAGUCAAACACAGAUAUCCUUUGAGAUCUGUGAGGCACAGUGAGGAAAGCAGACGAGUGGACUAUGGCAGCAUCACUAUGUACUACCACUCGGUAAGGGUCUUUGCUGGUCAAGACCCUGCUGGCGUGUGGGUAGGAUGGGUUACCCCCGACUACCAUUACUUCAGCAACAACUUCAACCUCAGUAAAAACCGAACAGUCACUGUAACCCUGGGGGACGAGCGAGGACGAGUCCAUGAGAGUGUGAGGAGGAGUAACUGCUACAUGGUGUGGGGUGGUGAUGUGACAAAUGCUGCUCACGCCUCAAGUCGCACCAACGUGGACCUGGAGAUCGGCUGUCUGAUAGACCUGGCCACUGGCAUGCUGACGUUCACUGUCAACGGGAAGGAGAUAUCCACGUCCUAUCAGGUGGAACCAAACACCAAGCUAUUCCCUGCCGUGUUUGUGCAGCCAACAAGCCCUAACCUCUUCCAAUUUGAGUUGGCUAAAAUAAAGAUCGCCAUGCCUUUGUCGUCAGCCAUCUUCAAGAGUGAGCAUAAGAACCCCGUGCCUCAGUGUCCGCCCCGUCUAGAUGUCCAGACCAUCAACGCCGUGCUGUGGAGCCGCAUGCCGAACACCUUCCUCAAAGUGGAAACAGCCAGAGUCAGCGAGAGGCACGGCUGGAUGGUGCAGUGUGUGGAGCCCCUGCAGAUGUUGGCUGUGCAUAUACCUGAGGAGAACAGGUGUGUCGACAUCAUGGAGCUGUCCGAGCAGGAGGACAUGAAGAAGUUCCACUACCACACCCUGAAGCUCUACUGCGCCCUCUGCGCUCUGGGAAACACCCGCGUAGCCCAUGCCCUCUGCAGCCACCUCGACCAAUCGCAGCUGCUAUACACCAUCGACAAUCAGUACCUAUCUGGGAUGUUACGCGAGGGUUUCUACAGCGUCCUGAUCAGCACUCACCUGGAGACAGCCAAAGAGGCGCGGCUCAUGAUGAAAGAUGAGUUCAUCAUCCCUGUCACGCCUGAGACACGAUCCAUUCGGCUUUUUUCGGAUGCUUCCAAGAAGCACCUCCCGCCAGGGGUGGGGCUAAGCACCUCCCUCAAACCCCGCCUCAACUUUGCCCCACCCUGUUUCAUCAGCACCAAACAGGAACAGCAUCUCUUUAGUCCGCAAAUCCCACUAGACGCUCUGAAGGAGAAAGCGAUCAUAAUGUUGACGGAGGCUGUUCAGGGUGGGGGGCACCAUAUCCGAGACCCUGUAGGAGGAGGUGUGGAGUACCAGUUUGUGCCAAUCCUGAAACUCAUCAGCACUUUGCUGACUAUGGGCGUGUUGGGUAGUGAGGACGUCCAUAAAAUCUUGCUGCUCAUUGACCCAAAUGUUUUCAGAGAGACACGUGAGGUGGGGCCCACAGGGGCCACGGACAAAGAAGGACUCACAGGGGCGGAGGAGAAGGCAGUGGAGGCUGGAGAGGAGGAAGCAGCCAAAGAGGCAAAACAACCAAUGAAGGGGCUGCUAGAGAAGAGGUUACCUGAGCCUGUUAAAAGACAGAUGUGCGAGCUGCUUCACUAUUUCUGCGACUGUGAGCUGAAGCACCGUAUCGAGGCCAUAGUGUCCUUCUCCGACAACUUCGUCUCCAAGCUGCAGUACAACCAGAAGUUCCGUUACAACGAGCUAAUGCUGGCCCUCAACAUGUCUGCUGCUGUCACCGCAAAGAAGACCAAAGAGUUCAGAUCGCCCCCUCAAGAACAGAUCAACAUGCUGCUGACAUUUAGUACAGGCGAGGACUGUCCGUGUCCCACAGACAUCCAGGAGGAACUGUACGACUUCCACACCCAGCUGCAGCUCCACUGUGGAAUCCCUAUGGAGGAAGACGAGGACGAGCAAGCUACAUCCAUCAGAGGGCGCCUCUUAAUGCUAGUGAACAAGAUCAAAGGCCAGGCUCACAAGGCAGAGGAGCCCACAGAGAAGGAGCAAGCUGCACCAUCCAACCUGAAGGAGCUGAUCUCCCAGACGAUGGUGAGCUGGGCCCAGGAGUGUCUCAUCCAGGACCCUGAGCUGGUCCGGAAGAUGUUCAGCCUGCUGAGGCGGCAGUACGACAGCAUCGGGGAACUGCUCCGCGCGAUGAGGAAGACUUACACCAUCAGCGCUGUCUCGGUCCAAGACACCAUCAACCUCCUGGCCUCCCUCGGCCAGAUCCGAUCUCUGCUGUCUGUGCGUAUGGGGAAAGAGGAGGAGAAGCUCAUGAUUGAUGGGCUUGGCGACAUCAUGAACAACAAAGUGUUCUACCAGCACCCCAACCUAAUGAGAAUACUGGGCAUGCAUGAGACCGUCAUGGAGGUCAUGGUCAAUGUGCUCGGAGGAGACAAAUCCCAGGAAAUCGCCUUUCCCAAGAUGGUGGCCAGCUGCUGUCGCUUCCUGUGUUACUUCUGCCGGAUCAGCCGCCAGAACCAGAAGGCCAUGUUCGACCACCUCAGCUACCUGCUGGAGAACAGCAGUGUGGGCCUGGCGUCACCAGCUAUGAGGGGCUCGACUCCAUUGGAUGUGGCUGCGUCCUCCGUGAUGGAUAACAACGGCCUGGCUCUGGCUCUGGAAGAACCUGAUCUGGACAAGGUGGUCACCUACCUCGCUGGCUGCGGUCUCCAGAGUUGUCCGAUGCUCCUGGCUAAAGGUUAUCCAGACAUCGGCUGGAACCCGAUAGAAGGGGAGCGUUACCUUUCCUUCUUGCGGUUCGCUGUCUUUGUCAAUGGUGAGAGUGUGGAGGAGAACUCCAGCGUUGUAGUCAAGCUGCUUAUCAGACGUCCGGAGUGUUUUGGACCCGCUCUGAGGGGAGAAGGAGGGAACGGUCUCCUGGCCGCCAUGAAGGAAGCCAUCAAGAUCUCUGAGACACCGGCGUUGGACCUGCCGGGAUCUGUGCAUGGAAUCAGCUCGGACGUGUCUGCUGAUGGUGACGACGAGGAGGAGGUGGUGCACAUGGGAAACGCAAUCAUGUCCUUCUACUCUGCGCUCAUCGAUCUGCUGGGACGAUGUGCCCCAGAGAUGCAUCUCAUCAACAAGGGCAAAGGUGAAGCCCUCCGUAUCCGUGCCAUUCUGCGCUCUCUGGUGCCUACAGAAGACCUGGUGGGAAUUAUCAGCAUACCUCUCAAAAUGCCCGUCACCAACAAAGACGGGUCAGUUACAGAGCCAGACAUGUCGGCCGGCUUCUGUCCGGAUCACAAGGCCCCCAUGGUGCUCUUCUUGGACAGGGUGUAUGGUAUAGAGGACCAGAGCUUUCUGCUUCACCUGCUCGAGGUGGGCUUCCUUCCUGACCUGAGGGCAGCUACAUCCCUGGACACGGAGGGUCUGUGCACCACAGAGACGGCCCUUGCCAUGAACCGCUACAUCGGCUCAGCCUUACUUCCCCUGCUCACCCGCUGCGCUCCUCUCUUUGCUGGCACGGAGCACUAUGCCACCCUCAUCGACUCAACGCUGCACACCAUCUACCGCCUGUCCAAGGGCCGCUCACUCACCAAGGCCCAGAGAGAUGCUAUAGAGGAGUGCCUGUUGGCUGUUUGCAAGCACCUUCGCCCCUCCAUGCUGCAGCAGCUCUUGCGCCGCCUCGUCUUUGAUGUGCCCUUGCUUUCUGAUUACUGCAAGAUGCCUCUGAGGCUGCUAACCAACCACUAUGAGCAGAACUGGAAGUACUACUGCCUCCCAUCAGGCUGGGGCAGCUACGGCACAGCAUCAGAAGAUGAACUGCAGCUCACUAAGAAAAUCUUCUGGGGAGUGUUUGAUUCUCUGUCCCAGAGGAAAUACGACGCAGAGCUUUUCAAGAUGGCCAUGCCUUGCCUUAGUGCCAUAGCUGGAGCUUUGCCCCCGGACUACGUGGACGCCUCUAUCUGUACCGCUUUGGAGAAGCCUGUUUCUGUAGACGCUCAGGGCAACUUUGACCCCAAACCCAUCAAUACUGCUAACAUUGCUCUUCCAGAGAAGCUUGAGUACUUUGCCAACAGAUACGCAGAGCAUUCCCAUGAGAAGUGGUCGGCAGAGAAGGUGCUGCUGGGAUGGAAAUAUGGAGAUUGUGUGGAUGAGAAGGCAAAGAUUCACCCUCAGCUCAGGACCUACAAAGCCCUCACAGAGAAGGAGAAAGAGAUUUACAGAUGGCCUAUUAGAGAGUCCCUGAAGAGUAUGCUGGCAAUGGGCUGGAGCAUCGACAGGACCAAGGAUUGUGAAAGCAUGUCUCUGAGGGAGACGGAGAAAAUGAGGAAGAUCUCUCAGUCUUCGCAGGCAAACGGCUUCAAUCCGAGCCCAAUAGACACAACCAACGUGAUUCUAUCCAGAGAGCUGCAGGGGAUGGUGGAGGUGUUAUCUGAAAAUUAUCAUAACAUCUGGGCCAAGAAGAAAAAGAGCGACCUUGGAAGCAGAGGUGGGGGGACACACCCUCUGUUGGUGCCUUAUGAAACACUGACAGCCAAGGAAAAGGCCCGCGAUCGAGAGAAGGCUCAGGACCUUUUCCGCUUCCUGCAGAUUAAUGGCUAUAUCAUCACAAGAGGUUUGAAGGACUUGGAGCAGGAUUCCUCAUCCAUGGAGAAGAGGUUUGCUUAUAAGUUUCUCAAGAAGCUGCUCAAGUAUGUUGACUCAGCUCAGGAGUUCAUUGCUCACCUGGAGGCCAUGGCCGCUAGUGGAAAAACAGACAGGUCCCCUCAUGAACAAGAAAUCAAGUUUUUUGCCAAAGUUCUUCUUCCGCUCAUUGAUCAGUACUUUAAGAACCACUCCCUCUACUUCCUCUCCUCCCCCAAUAAAAACCUGAGCAGUAGCGGCUACGCCUCCAACAAGGAGAAGGAGAUGGUAACCAGCCUUUUUUGUAAACUGGCAGCUCUUGUCAGACAUAGGAUUUCUCUCUUUGGGAGUGACUCCACUACUAUCGUCAGCUGCCUGCAUAUUCUGGCUCACACCCUGGACACCAGGACGGUGAUGAAGUCUGGCUCCGAGCCCGUGAGGGUGGGGCUCAGGACGUUCUUUGAGAACGCAGCUGAGGACUUGGAGAAGACGUUUGAGAACCUGAAGCUGGGGAAGUUCACUCACUCUCGCUCGCAGAUGAAAGGGGUGUCGCAGAACAUCAACUACACCACUGUAGCACUGCUCCCCAUUUUAACAGCUCUGUUUGAGCACAUCACUCAACACCACUUUGGAGUCGACCUGCUUUUGGAUGAUGUCCAGGUGUCCUGCUAUCGAAUCCUCACCAGUCUCUAUGCACUGGGCACUGGGAAAAACAUCUAUGUGGAAAGACAGCUCCCAGCUCUCGGCCAUUGUCUGGCCACCCUGGCUGGAGCCAUGCCUGUGGCCUUCCUGGAGCCGCUGUUAAACACGUACAACCCCUUCUCUGUCUUUAACACAAAGAGUGCCAGAGAGCGAGCCAUCCUAGGCAUACCAGACUCAGUGGUAGAGAUGUGUCCCGGCAUGCCGCGGCUGGACGGUCUGAUGAAGGACAUCAACGACAUGGCUGAGUCUGGAGCAAGGUACACCGAGAUGCCUCACGUUAUCGAGGUGGUGCUGCCCAUGCUGUGUAACUACCUUUCUUACUGGUGGGAGAGGGGACCGGAGAACCAGCCGGCCAGCGGGGGCAGCAUCUGCUGCACCACUGUCACCUCGGAGCACCUCAGCCUCAUCCUGGGCAACAUCCUCAAGAUCCUCAACAACAACCUGGGCAUCGACGAAGCCUCCUGGAUGAAGAGGAUUGCAGUGUACGUGCAACCUAUCAUCAGCAAGGCCCGUGCAGACCUGCUGAAGAGCCACUUCCUGCCUACGCUGGAGAAGCUGAAGAAGAAGACGGUGAAGGUGGUGUCUGAGGAAGAGCUGCUGAAAGCCGACAGUAAAGGAGACACGCAGGAGGCGGAGCUGCUCAUCCUGGACGAGUUCGCUGUACUCUGCAGGGACCUGUACGCCUUUUACCCCAUGCUCAUCCGCUAUGUGGAUAACAACAGGUCCAGGUGGCUGAAAGAACCAGAUGCUGACUCCAAUGAGCUCUUCAGGAUGGUCGCUGAGAUUUUCAUACUCUGGUGCAAGUCACAUAACUUCAAAAGAGAGGAGCAGAACUUUGUGGUCCAGAAUGAAAUCAACAACCUCUCCUUCUUGACCGGAGAUAAUAAAACCAAGAUGGCUAAGUCCUUUAAGGAAAAGUCCCUGGCCAAGAUGCGCUACCUUCUGAGAGACACAGAUGAAGAGGUCAAAGACCACAUUCGACAGAAUAUGCAUCUUCGAGUAAAGUCAGAGGACCCCGCUGUGAGGUGGCAGCUGAACCUAUACAAGGACAUAGCGAUGAGGAUCGAGGGGCCUCCAGAUCCUGACAGGGUUGUGGACCGGAUCCAGAGGAUCUCUGCUGCUGUCUUCAACCUGGAGCAGGUUGAACAGCCACUGAGAUCAAAGAAAUGUGUAUGGCAGAAGCUGCUGUCCAAACAGAGGAAGCGAGCGGUUGUCGCCUGUUUCCGCAUGGCUCCACUUUAUAACCUACCAAGGCACAAAAAUAAUAAUUACUUCCUGAAAGCCUACCGACAUAUUUGGCUGGAGAUAAUGCAUGAGAACACAGGCUAUGACAGUCUGCUCUCCAUGCUGACGAAAACGCAGCCGAAAGUGGAGGAAGAGGAGGAGGAGGAGAUCAGAAAGCAGCCAGACCCUCUUCACCAGCUCAUUCUGCAUUUCAGCCAUAACGCUCUGACCGAGUGCAGUUCUUUAGAAGAGGAUCCCUUGUAUAUUGCAUAUGCAGAUAUGAUGGCAAAGAGCUGUGCUGAAGGUGAAGAAGAAGAAGAGGAAGAAGGAAAAGAGAAAACAUUUGAGGAAAAGGAAAUGGAGAAGCAAAAAAUGCUGUACCAGCAGGCGAGGCUUCAUGAUCGAGGAGCAGCAGAGAUGGUGCUUCAGAUGAUCAGUGCCAGCAAAGGUCGACUUGCUGCUAUGGUGACUUUCACCCUCAAACUAGGAAUCUCUAUCCUCAACGGGGGAAACAUACUGGUCCAGCAGAAAAUGCUGGAUUACCUGAAGGAAAAAAGAGAUGUUGGCUUUUUUAAAAGUUUGUCUGGACUGAUGAUGUCGUGCAGCGUCCUGGACUUGAAUGCCUUUGAAAGGCAAAAUAAAGCUGAAGGUCUGGGGAUGGUAACUGAAGAAGGAUCAAUCAACGUGAGUGAGCAGGGUUCCAAAGUGCUGCAGAAUGAUGAGUUCACUAAGGAUCUCUUUAGGUUUCUGCAGCUUCUCUGUGAGGGCCACAACAAUGAUUUCCAGAACUUUCUGAGGACUCAAACAGGAAACACAACUACAGUCAACAUCAUUAUUAGUACUGUAGACUACCUGCUAAGACUUCAGGAAUCCAUCAGCGACUUUUACUGGUACUACUCCGGUAAGGAUGUAAUAGACGAAGCCGGUCAGAGGAAUUUCUCCAGAGCACUCGCAGUGGCCAAGCAGGUCUUCAACUCUUUAACUGAGUAUAUACAGGGUCCAUGUAUUGGGAACCAGCAGAGUCUGGCUCACAGCAGGCUGUGGGACGCAGUGGUGGGUUUUCUGCAUGUUUUUGCCAACAUGCAGAUGAAGUUGUCCCAGGACUCCAGUCAGAUUGAGUUAUUGAAGGAGCUGCUGGACCUGCAGAAGGACAUGAUCGUCAUGAUGCUCUCUCUACUUGAAGGUAAUGUUGUCAAUGGUACCAUUGGCAAACAAAUGGUGGACACCCUAGUGGAAUCUUCCAGCAACGUGGAGAUGAUCCUGAAAUUCUUCGACAUGUUCCUCAAGUUGAAGGACCUGACGACCUCUGACAGCUUUAGGGAAUAUGACCCGGAGAGCAAAGGGGUCAUCUCUAAGAAAGAUUUCCAAAAGUCCAUGGAGAACCAGAAGCAGUACUCGCAGUCUGAGAUCGAGUUUCUUCUUUCCUGUGCGGAGGCCGAUGAGAACGACAUGUUUAACUACGAGCAGUUUGUGGAGAGAUUUCACGAGCCCGCCAAAGACAUCGGCUUUAAUGUAGCUGUGCUGCUGACCAAUCUCUCUGAGCACAUGCCUCAUGAUGCUCGCCUCUCAACGUUUCUCGACCUGGCCGAGAGCGUCCUCAGCUACUUUGAGCCUUUUUUGGGUCGCAUCGAGAUCAUGGGCGGAGCCAAGCGCAUAGAGAGAGUCUACUUCGAGAUCAGCGAGUCCAGUCGUACCCAGUGGGAGAAGCCUCAAGUGAAGGAGUCAAAGCGGCAGUUCAUCUUUGACGUGGUCAAUGAAGGCGGGGAGAGCGAGAAGAUGGAACUGUUUGUCAACUUCUGUGAGGACACCAUCUUCGAGAUGCAGCUCGCCUCGCAGAUUUCAGAGCCGGACCCAGUGGAGCGUCCAGAGGAAGAUGAGGACGACAACCAGAGUGUAGCUUUAAACCAGGAAGAGGAAGAGGAGGAGAUCGUGAUGUUGGAGUCCUCCUCGGCCUUUACGAUCGCCUGCAUCUCAAUGAGAAAAAGCCUCAGCCACUUCCGCCAGAUGCUGACUCUGAAGAGCAUGAGGCGGCAGUACAGGAAAUUCAGAAAGAUGAGUGUUCGGGAGCUGGUGCGAGGCUUCUUCUCUUUCUUCUGGAUGAUCAUCACAGGCCUCUUCCACUUUGUCUAUAGCCUUGUUUGGGGUUUCUUCCAUAUCUUGUGGACCACCAUGUUCGGAGGCGGCCUUGUUGAAGGGGCUAAAAACAUAAAGGUGACAGACAUUUUAGGGAACAUGCCAGACCCCACCCAGUUUGGGAUCCAUGGGGAUGUGUUAGAGAUGGAGAAGAUGGAGGCGAACGAGGGGUCAGCUUUGGCAGAGAUGGGUCAGAUGGCUCAGGGGGAUGCAGCAGAGGGGGACCUGAUGGCUGAGCUGCUGAACAUACAGCCCAAGAAAGAGGGGAAGCAUGGGGCGGAGCCAGGUUUGGGGGAUGUGUCUGAGGUGGUGGUGGGGGACGCUCCGUCCAUUGCAAGUGCCGUGAAACAGAAGAAGGCACAGAUUGCUGCAAAAAAGAGUGCAUCACCUGGAGACUACAAAUCUGACUCUGAGAAGGGAGAUUCAGAGGACGGUGAGAAGAAGGACCACGAUAAAGCCAAAGAUGAAGUCCCUUCCCAGUCCUCGUUGGAGGCGAAAAAGGCGCCGAAGAAGAGGCUGGGCAUGAAGAAAGAACCCCCAGAAGCCUUCACGGCCAGCUUCUUAGCUGGCUUGGAGAUCUAUCAGACUAAGAUGCUGAAUUACCUGGCCAGAAACUUCUACAACCUCCGCUUCCUGGCUCUCUUUGUUGCUUUUGCUAUCAAUUUCAUUCUGCUCUUCUACAAAGUAAGCUUGAAGGUGACAGGAGAUUACUCCGACGAUGAAGACCCUUGGAACGGUCGUGGUAAAACUGGGGAAGAGGAAGAUGAGGGUGCACUGGAGUAUUUUGUGCUGCAGGAGAGCACAGGCUACAUGGCCCCAACACUUCGCUGCCUGGCUAUUCUGCACACAAUCAUAUCUUUCCUGUGUGUAGUGGGAUACUACUACCUUAAGGUGCCGCUGGUGGUGUUCAAACGUGAGAAGGAGAUAGCCAGGAAGUUGGAGUUUGCCGGCCUUUACAUCACAGAGCAGCCGUCGGACGAUGAUAUCAAAGGACAGUGGGACAGACUGGUCAUCAAUACUCCUUCCUUCCCAAACAACUACUGGGAUAAAUUUGUAAAACGCAAAGUGAUUAAAAAGUAUGGGGACCUGUAUGGAGCAGAGAGGAUAGCAGAGCUGCUUGGGUUGGAUAAAAGUGCCCUGGAUUUCAACCCUACAGAGGAAACUGUGGCCAAGGAGGCUUCACUGGUGUCAUGGUUGAGCUCAAUCGAUACAAAGUACCAUGUGUGGAAACUGGGAGUGGUGUUUACAGACAAUUCAUUCCUGUACCUGGUGUGGUACACCACCAUGUCUAUUCUGGGCCACUACAACAACUUCUUCUUCGCUGCUCAUCUGCUGGAUAUCGCCAUGGGCUUCAAGACCCUCCGGACCAUCCUCUCCUCUGUCACACAUAACGGCAAACAGCUGGUGUUGACAGUGGGCCUGCUGGCGGUUGUGGUCUACCUCUACACUGUGGUGGCCUUCAACUUCUUCAGGAAGUUCUACAACAAGAGCGGGGACGAGGACGAGCCCGAUAUGAAGUGUGACGACAUGAUGACUUGUUACCUCUUCCACAUGUACGUCGGGGUGAGGGCAGGCGGGGGAAUUGGGGAUGAGAUCGAGGACCCAGCCGGUGACCCCUAUGAGCUGUACCGCAUCCUGUUUGACAUCACCUUCUUCUUCUUCGUCAUCGUCAUCCUCCUGGCCAUCAUCCAGGGUUUGAUCAUCGAUGCUUUUGGCGAGCUGAGAGACCAGCAGGAACAAGUCAAAGAGGACAUGGAGACCAAAUGUUUCAUAUGUGGGAUUGGCAAUGACUACUUUGACACAACACCUCACGGCUUUGAGACUCACACCUUACAAGAGCACAAUUUGGCAAACUACCUGUUUUUCCUGAUGUACCUUAUCAACAAAGAUGAGACAGAGCACACCGGCCAGGAGUCAUAUGUGUGGAAGAUGUACCAGGAGCGCUGUUGGGAUUUCUUCCCAGCUGGUGACUGCUUCCGCAAACAGUAUGAAGACCAGCUUGGAUAGAGCAGAUGCUUCACCUUUAUCCAUACUGAGGAGACGGAUGGAACACGACAACAUUUACAUUUAGUCCUACACAAAGCUGCUGGACUGCAACACCAAAAGAGUCAUCUGUUCAAAUUGUUUUGGACUGGCCUAAGGAAGGACGAAACUACUUUUUUAUAAGAAAAAAAAAAGAAAAAAAAAAGAGAAAGUUCUUUUUUUAUGUGGAUACAGUGCCAGUCUAUGAAAAAAACGACCAAUACCUGGACAUUUUGUUUCUUUUAAGUUUUGGGACUCGUUUUUUGACAGCGCGUUGCCUUCUACUCCACAUAACCCCAAAUCAUUGCACAACUU